AUGGCAGAAUUCCCACAAUUAGGCCAACAGUGCUCUCAAUGCAAGACAUUAGGUAUUGAAACCAUCGGUGCAAAGAACACCAUUCCUUCGUUGCCCACAAUUGUCCCGAAAGUGACAAACAGUGGACACCAACGCCGGUCAGCCGUCCGUCGGAGUCUAUUUCAGGGAAAAGGCAAACGUGUGUACACCAUGUCUAAAGUGGAUCCCAUAGGAAGUCCUACCUUUUCGGCUCAUCCAGCUCGUUUCUCACCCGAAGACAAGUACUCGAGAGAAAGGAUUACAAUUAAGAGAAGAUUUGGUUUACUUCCGACACAACAGCCCUUGACAUCCACCUAAUGGUCACCGCAUUUGUGUCCAUCAUAUCAUUCAUUUGAAAGACAUUUCUUAUUCAAUAAAACAAUUUAUUUG